AUGGCAACCAUCACGACUCCAUCCAACCGCCUCUUCUCCGCCGCCGCCGGCGCCCACUCCGGCCACCGCCUUCCCCUCCUAACCCCUUCCCUCCGCCUCCCCCUCCGCCCCCGCCGCCGCCGCAUCUCUGUAUCCGCCCACGCCGCCUCCCUUGGUGCCAAGCCCACCGUCCUCGUCGCCGAGAAGCUCGGCGAGGCUGGGCUUGAACUCCUCAAAGACUUCGCCAACGUCGACUGCUCCUACAACCUCACCCAGGAGGAGCUUUGCACCAAGAUCUCCCUCUGCGAUGCCCUGAUCGUCCGCAGUGGCACCAAGGUCACUCGCGAGGUCUUCGAGUCCUCUGCUGGCCGUCUCCGUGUUGUUGGACGCGCUGGGGUGGGGAUUGAUAACGUCGAUCUCUCUGCUGCCACGGAGCAUGGAUGCAUUGUCGUUAAUGCUCCCACGGCGAACACUGUUGCCGCUGCUGAGCAUGGGAUUGCGCUGCUUGCGGCGAUGGCUCGCAACAUCGCGCAGGCUGAUGCCUCUCUUAAGGCUGGUAAAUGGCUGCGGAGCAAAUAUGUUGGUGUGUCACUUGUCGGUAAAACACUUGUAGUGUUAGGCUUUGGAAAAGUUGGAUCUGAAGUUGCCAGGCGUGCUAAGGGGCUAGGGAUGCAUGUUAUUGCGCAUGACCCUUACGCUGCUGCAGAUCGUGCUCGCGCAAUAGGAGUAGAGUUGGUGACCUUUGAUGAAGCUAUUGCAACUGCAGAUUUUAUUUCUCUGCACAUGCCUCUUACUCCUUCCACAGCAAAGCUUCUCAAUGAUGAAACUUUUGCAAAGAUGAAGAAAGGUGUGCGUAUUGUAAAUGUUGCUCGUGGUGGAGUGAUUGAUGAAGAAGCCCUGCUUAGAGCACUGGAUUCUGGAAUUGUUGCACAGGCUGCUCUUGAUGUCUUCACAGAAGAGCCUCCAUCUGCAGACAGCAAGUUGGUGCUGCAUGAGAAUAUAACAGUGACACCACAUCUUGGUGCUAGCACAGCAGAAGCUCAGGAAGGAGUGGCUGUUGAAAUAGCAGAGGCUGUUGUGGGAGCCUUGAAAGGUGAGCUUGCUGCAACUGCAGUGAAUGCACCAAUGGUUCCUGCUGAGGUACUUUCGGAACUUGCACCCUUCGUCAUUUUGGCAGAAAAACUUGGUAGGCUUGUGGUUCAACUUGUUGCUGGAGGCAGUGGUGUGAAAUCUGUGAAGGUGACCUAUGCAUCUGCAAGAGCUCCUGAUGAUCUAGACACCAGGUUGCUCCGCGCAAUGAUCACUAAGGGUCUGAUCGAGCCAAUAUCAAGUGCCUUUGUCAAUCUUGUCAAUGCUGAUUUCAUAGCCAAGCAACGAGGGGUUCAAAUCACCGAAGAGAGAAUUUUGUUGGAUGGUUCACCUGAGAGCCCUCUAGAUUUCAUACAGGUUCGGAUUGCCAAUGUGGAAUCGAAAUUCGCUAGUGGCAUCUCAGAAACAGGUGAAAUCAGUGUUGAGGGCAGGAUAAAGGACGGCAUUCCUCACCUGACCAAGGUUGGAACAUUUCAAGUGGAUGUGAGCAUGGAAGGGAGCUUGAUCCUGUGCAGACAGGUCGACCAACCUGGGAUGAUUGGCACGGUCGGGAAUAUCUUGGGUGAGCAGAACAUUAAUGUGAGUUUUAUGAGCGUCGGGAGAAUCGCUCCUCGGAAGCAGGCAGUCAUGGCAAUUGGUGUCGAUGAAGAACCAAGCAAAGAAUCACUCAAGAAGAUUGGUGAGAUUCCAGCGAUAGAGGAGUUUGUCUUCCUCAAGCUGUAGUUCUAUCGUCUUCGAACUCUCUCGACACGAAAUUUUGAGAUGGUUUUUUUUGUAGCAAACCUAGGGCCAUUUUGGCACUUGUUCAGUUUUCAAAUUACAGGCUUGUUUGUGAUGCAAGAAAAAUAAUAAUCAAACCGCUGAUGUUGUUAUUGAUUUCACAUACUGAGCACAAUUGGUAAUUGAAAUUUAGCACAAGAGGGGAAAUGAUAUUGUAGCCUGGUGCUGCUUUGAUGUGGUUGGAACAAUGUUGGAAUGAGAGUUGGGAAUUCAAAUUUUAUUGAAGGCUUU